CUGUAGUAGGUGAACUGUGAGCACGGACUCUCCAGCCCUGCUAAAUCUGCGCUCUCUCUCCAAGGAACCUAAACCAUCAUCUCGAUCUGGACUGACGGCGCGCACAGACCCUCUCCACACGACAGCGCGUGAGUAUUUCUGCUCCCUCUGCUCACCUGGACAGGUGAGUGAGCUCGAGGCUGUGGUGCAGAGGCGCCCACCGUGGUCUGAGUGUGUCCCCCUUUUGUUUAGCGGUGGUCCAGGCCCCUGUGUUUGGGACCUGAAGGGGGGCCAUGUUGUUUAGCCUCAGUCCUGGAACAGCAGCUAGCAUCUUUAGCGUCUGUUAGCUCCUCACUCUGUGACUCGGUCUGUUAUUCCGAACUCUUGUAUCGUUGUAGACACUAAAACGUCGUUAUUUCUUCUGAUUUUGAUAGUUUGGUGUCAUUAAUGAGACAUUUAUUCAGGUUUAAAGUUUAAUAACAGAUCAGGCCGUUAGCUGCUGCCGUUCGUUAGCUGCUGAGCUAACCUGUGCUAAAGCUCAUCUCACUAAAGUAAUGUUAGCAAACACGGAUAUCAUGAUCGAUAUCUGUCAAUACCGAUAGAUCAAAAGACUUAUAAACAGUUAGAUAUAUCCUCCUCAUGACCCUCUUUAGUGGACUUCUCACCGUUUCUUCUGGAGCUCCAGGAUGUAGUCGGAGUCACUGAUAGUUAGCACCCAUGCUAACCAGCUUGUUGAACGGCUAAAGUGGGUUAAACUCGUAAAAACAGACAUUUAGAUUUUUAACUGCAGAUAUUUACGAGUUUUUCCUGUAAAUUAUGAUGAAAAACGACAAUAAUCCUCAGUGUUUUAGUCCAACUGUUUAUUAAAUUAGAAGCUAAGGUUUCAUCGGUGCUAGCUGAAGUUAGCUGAGAGAAGCUAACCGCUGCUGAGAACCAUCAGAACCCUAAACACUGGUUCUGGCUCUGGUUCUGGUCUUAGUUUGUCUGUUUGGAGUCAAUCAGACCCUGGUAAUAAGAACCAUUUCAGCAGAAUAAUCAGACUUUAGUAUCUUUUAUACAUUUAAUGCUUUUGGUUCGUUUAGUGUCUGAAGUUCCUUUAGUAUCAUCAGAACCUCUAAUUUAGUUCCUUCAUUAACUUUAGUUCCUUUAGUUACCUGAGUUCAUUUAAGUCCUUUAGUAUAAUCAGAAUCUUUAGUUCCUGUACUAACUUGAGUAUCUUUAGUACCCUCAGUACCGUCUGUUCCUUUAAUACCUGCUGCUGUAAUUUUGGAAUUUCCCCCUGUGGGACUAUUACAGGAACAUCUUAUCUUGUCUUACAUUGGUUCCUUUAGUAUCUGAAGUUCCUUUAGUAACUUUCAUACAUUUAGUAUCUUAAGUUCCUUUAGUAACUUUCAUACAUUUAGUACCUUUAGUUCCUUUAGUUUUUUGAGUAUAUUUAAGUCCUUUAGUAUCUUUGUUACCCUUGGUUAUUGUAGUAACUAUAAGGAACACCUUUAACCAAACACUGUCGAACAAACCACCACUCUCUAUAUCUUCAUGAAUAAAUCCAGUCAUCUCCUGUCUGACCAGGUCAACAACAACUCAAAUUUGAGGAACUUUGAGUUUGAGCAGCUGUAUCUGACUUUAUUGAUAGAUUGAUGGGUAUUUGAUCGAUCCUUAUAAUUGUUGGUGGGUGGGCGACGUUUGUUAUCUUAGAGUGAAGCUGUAGUCUUCAGUCUGCUGAAACCAUCCUGGAGGAUUUGUUAACUUCAGUUUGUUUCUGUAAAUUGUGGACCUUUUUAACUUUUCAUCACGACUCUCUUUACUAACUAGAUCUCUGUCUUGUGUUCGUCUAGGCUUUCCCCUGGAAUGAGCGUUCCAUGCAGCAUCCUAGGUAUGAAUGACGUGGCUUGGCAGGAGACAAGAGGUGGGAUGCUGCAUGCAAAUGGUGCUCCUGAGACUGGAGGUGUCAGAGUUCACGGUGGAGGGCCCUUAGCUACAGUCGCAGGGGCCGGGCAGGCUCCUGGAGGUCCACAUUUACAGGGUAUGGACAGGGUCGUCAACCCGACUCCGGGCACCCCGCAGCCCCCGCUGAGUGGACGAUCUCAGGAUGACGCCACAGUGGGAUACUUCUUUCAGAGGCAGCCAGGGGAGCAGCUCGGAGGGUGCCCACCGAGCAAGCACCGGUGGCCAACUGGAGACGCAAACCAUGUUGAUCAGGUAAAGCUUUAGUUCCUGGUGUUGAAGAUGAGCUGGUGACCAUGGUGCAGUUAUAUGAAGAACAUCUGAACAGUUUCAUCACCAGGUGACCUGAAGAUGGUGGGCAGCUUAGACAUGGGUUUAAAGGACCGGUACUUAUUGGUUCUGGUACUUGAUUGGUAAUUACAGAAAGUAUUAUUAUUAUAAUAAUUAUUAUUAUUAUCAUAACCUUUAUUUAACCAGGUUUGUCCCAUUUAGAUCCAAGAUCUCUUUUGCAAGACUCACCUGACCAAGAAUGUCAGCACAUCCAGUUUCAACACAGAAUCACAUUAAUCAUAUAGAAUACAAAGAAUACGGGAUUACAUACAAAGAUUAAUCAAACAUUUUCAUCCUGAAGCCGGGGUGUAAUAGAAAUGAUCAUGGAUUAGAAAACAUUCAGAGAUACCAGACUUUGGAGUUUCAGGUCUGAUUUGGACUCGGAGCAGAAAAUCUACAAACUUUCCUCCCCAUUUCUGACCUUAGGAACCGUGAAAUAAUAAAAGUCCUGGGAGCGGAGACUGAAGGUCCCAUUAUUCAGGAUUAAAAGGGAUAAUAAAUAAGAUGGAGUCAUCUGAAGAAUAGCCUAAUAUUGAAAUGUUCGGCAGAAAGCCCAGCGUUUAGAUCCGUUAGAAGACUUCGGAUAUAAACGAUUUCUGCUGAAUUUGCAAAGUCAACUGCAGAAUUUACGGCGUUCUGAAUGAACGGCGCUUUGAAAAGUCCCGCAGCAUGUGUUAGACGUCACCAUCUACACAUGGACCAAUCAGGGGCUGCCUUUCCCUGUUGCCUGGGGAACAGUGGAAACACAGUCACUGAUUGGCCCGGUUAUUUUCUGAUCGCUAAUACACGCCCCCAAUGGGCCGAAGUCCAGACUGUAGUGGGGAGGAACGGGAAGUGAUUCACGCAACAGGAUGGCCCAGCCAGGCUAAGAGUUAUUAUCAUGACACACACAUGUGAUCUUGACCAGGUGCCCCCUUGUUAUGGACUCUGGUAUCUUGUUGCAUUUAGGGGUGAGACCGUUCAAUGUUGGCGAUCAGAGAGGGGAGGAGGUGGAUGCAGCUCUGCUGUGGAUUUGCACGUUUUAAUUAAAGACUUCUCUCCUCGUCCUCGUUUACAUGCAGCUGAGAAAAUCGAAUUAUUGACGUGAACGUGUCCUCCUCCCCAACACUAGGGGGCGAUAUGUGUCUUUUCAGCGGCGCUGUUUCCGACCCCAUCCAACCGUCAACAACAACAGCAGGUCGGUGUCAGACGUCAGAAGUGUCUACAACUGCUGCUGGGCAUUUUGGAGAAACAAGAAGAUGGAGCAUCGUACAGCGUUGUUUUUGUCCGACAUGAUGGACGCGCUACUUUUUCUAAAGAGGAGACCAACGCUACUCCUCUACUCUGGGGGUUUUGUUACGGGGUUACGGGGGCGUGGCACACAUGUAUUGUCCGAUCAUACUCCGACUACGCUGGUUACAUGGUAGAGAAAAUCGAAUUCCAAUCAUAUUAUCUGCGUGUCUUAAUCAGAGUUCUCAAACUCUGAUUAUAGUCGGACUAAGGUGUUUACUUCAACUUCAGUUGUUCGAUCUUAAUCGGAGUAAGGCGAUAAUUCAGAUUUCUUGAGCGUCAUGGAAACUCACUGAGUGACUCAUCCACACCAUCAAAGUCAGUCCAGUCAGAGUUCUACUUUGGGGACUAAAGGAGGAGCAGGAACUCUCGUUGAUCCUUCUGGCAGCUUUGGUUCCCGUCGAUGUGACGCUCCUCGUCUUCACUGAAGGCCGACGUGAAGGAGAGCGUAGGAUGGUUUUUGGGCUCUGGGUGGAACAAACGUACGCUGGUUUGAUGUCUAAGCUUCUCUUUUCUUCUUCCUUCUCGUCUCUCAGGUUCGAGCCGUGGAUGAGAUGAACUACGACUUCCAAGCUCUGGCUUUGGAGUCGAGGGGAAUGGGAGAGGUAAGGAGUCCGUCAUCACAACAUCCUUUUAAAGUCCCAGAAAAACCCAAAAUGAAGUUCUGAGUUUCUUCUGUCUCGGCUUCAACAACAUGUUCAUGUCGAUCAGUUAGAAAAAAGACGAAGCUCUCCGCAGGAACGUUUACACUUGGUUUGAAAAUAUGUCUCUGGGAUCAGAGUCCAGACCAGUUUUUCACAGACUCCCCCCAAACUGAAACACAGAAGUCUGGUCUUCCUCAGGUUUUCCUCGGACGUCGCGGCUCCAGGGUGCAUCAGUAUUUUCAAAAUAAGAGCUCUGUGCUCAGAUGCUUCCCAGGUGAACUCAGGUUGAAGUUAAAUGAAAUUUAUCAUCGCUGGAGUUCGAUCUGAUCAAGUUUGACUUUUCAAACUGAGUGUAAACAGGAGCGGACAAACUCUGAGGUACUCAUGUUAUAAAGUGGUUUAGUUUUAGUCUUUGUGUCAAACUGUCAUUUUAGUUUUUAUUAGUUUUAGUCAGAAUAACCCCUGACAAUAAUUUUAGUCUCUUUUUAGUAAUUUAAUUCAGUUUAACCCAGUUAAUACAGUAUCAUUACCUCGGAUAGUAUAGAAUAGAUCAAACCACAUUUUUCACAAAUCAAACAUGGUUAUCUUAUUAUUGUAACAAUUUCAUCUCGUCUCAUUUUAGUUCAUGAAAAUAAAGAGACAUUUUAUCAGAGUUUUGAUUUAGUGAACCACAUUUAGUCUCGUUUUUAUUCAUCAACAAUAUGCAUCAAUGCAUUAUAUAUUUAGUCAUAGUUAUCGUCACAUGACCACCGUUUACGUUUCGUCUCGUUUUCGUCACAUGAUAAAGGUUCGUUGAUGACGAUAUUUCGUCAUAUUAUUAGACUAUUAGAAGGUGUUAAACUCUCCAUCAGACUUCAGACGGAGCGAUCACCAAAUGUCAGACGGACGUUCGCUUGAUUUUACGAUUUUUUUCUUUCAGCUUCUGCCGGCGAAAAAACUCUGGGACUCAGACGAGCUCGCCAAGGAGGGGAGGAAAGGGAUGCUGCUGGGAGAGGAGUGGAGAGACAACGCCUGGGGAUCAUCUCGUGAGUUCCCUCUGCUUCUCUGUGUGUGUGUGUGUGUGUGUGUGUGUGUGUGUGUGUGUGUGUGUGUGUGUGUGUGUGUGUGUGUGUGUGUGUGUGUGUGUGUGUGUGUGUGCGUGCGUGUCCAUCCAUCACUCUCACAGAUGGAGCAGCAGUUCUGCUCUCGUUUGGGUUCAGUCUAACCUCUGACAUAGAUCGUCUGUGUGACCCUAACCCGGCUCUAGUUCAAUAAGCGACCAUUUAGACAUUGGCUUCUCAUUCAGAUCAUUCAGUGUCUCAGCCAAUCAUGGUGCAGCGACGACCAGGCCAGAGUUUCCAUGGGAAUGGUGAUGCCAAUUCUGUGCUUUCACCUCGCUCAGAAGGUGGAGGCCUGGGGGUGAGCAUGGUGGAGUACGUCCUGAGCUCCUCGCCGGGAGACAAGAUGGACAGUCGCUACAGGAACGGUGGUUAUGUAAGUGGGCGCCGUCUCUCAUUUUAAACUGGAGGUCUUCUUUUACCUCUGGAGCUGAUGGUCUUACUUGAUCUCCUGACAAACGCAGGGCGGAGGAGAUGUCGACCAAGACGGGAGAGAGAAGAGCGAUGGCCAAGAGAAGGUGUCCCCCUUUGAGGAGGACAAGAGCGCAGAGCUGAAGGUGGGAGAGGAGAACGAUCCAUCCAAAGCCAACGGGAGAGGACUCCUCAACGGCAUGGACAGAGACUGCAAAGACUUCAAGUAGGUUUGACUCCGAGACACUUAGAGCAGGACAGAGUUUGUCCUCCAUCAGAGGAGGCUGAAGGUCCUCUGUGAAGUUCAUGUCUCAGCGCAGGGGUCUCAAACUCAAAUGAGCUGGGGGCCACUGCUGUCACUGUCAUCUCAGUGGGGGGGCCGCUUCAGUGCUUCAGACGAGUAUCAAACAAAAAUCACAAAUAAACUGAAAACGGUUUAUUUUCAAAUAUUAUGUGAAAAUAUUACAAAAGUAUAAAAUUCACAGGUAGUGUAAAUAAUUUGGCCUCAUUCUUUAAGAACUUCUCAGAACUCUUCAUGAACUUAAAGCACGUCUCUUCAUACUGUCUUCAUAUUAAACACAAUAAGAGCUUUAACUUCGUGUUCACAUGUUCACAGUUAGAAACUUUUUACUUUGUUCCGUAACUCUUCAGAGAUAAAACCACCAGCCUCUGCCUCAGUGUUUGUUAAACAAACUUUUAAUAUCAGCAGCUUGUAGCACGCCGUCCUUCAGAAACUGUCCCUCGGUAAAUGGCUUUCCCGCUUUGGCGAUUAAUUCCCUGACCACGGCAGCAUCGCUGUCCUGAGCAGCUCUGUGGAAACGUUCUCGCUGCGAUAACAGUCGUCUUUGUCACCGCUCGGCUCGCCUUUUCCUGUCAUCUCCGCUCUAUUUCUCAGACUGCUCUCCGUGUUUAGUCGAGUAAUGACGCUUGAGAUUAUAUUCCCAAAGAACGGAAAGUUUCUCGGGUGGCGUUUCUACCGAACUCAACAAAAAAUACGGUAACGUCCGUCUCUCUUGGAGUUGUCUGUGUUCGUCAUCCUUUUUCCGUCUACGUUUGGAGAGCGACAUCUUUACCUUCUUCUUCUGCGCCUCUCUCUCAUGUCGUCAGAACUUCACAUGAAAUCAUUUUGGAUUUAUUUAUUAUUAGAUUUUGAAAAAUAAUAAAAUUUCAUGCAAAAUUAUUCCUUUAAUUGUGUAAAUAAAAAUAAACUCAACAGGCUAAAUUACAUUGAAAUGUUUGCGUCAAGAUGCGGGCCGGAUGUAGGGGGCCUGCGGGCCGGGAGUUUGAGACCCCUGUCUUAGUGGUCUUCCUUCUCUGAUCUUCGUUUCCUCCCUCAGUCCCACUCCUGGAAGUCGUCAAGCUUCUCCCACUGAGGCGGUGGAGAGGAUGGGUCCCAGUCAGACCGGUUUGGAGAUGCUCGGACAGCAUCACCCUCACGCCCUUCAACAACACAACCCGGCCCAAAACAAGGCCCCGACGGAUGACUUUCAGAACCAGGAGGCCCAGAACAUGGGGGGCAUGGAGCAGCAGGCCGGCGUGGAGUCCCUCCAGUUUGACUAUGCUGGGAACCAGAUCCAGGUGGACUCCUCGGGAACUCCAGUGGGACUGUUCGACUACAACUCUCAGCAGCAGGUGUGUGUGAAGACCCAGAACCCUCCUCUGAAGGGGUCCAGGUCUGAGCGGACUGAGAUCUUGACUCUCUGUUCUUGUUUGCAGCUGUUCCAGAGGUCGAACCCGCUGACGGUGCAGCAGCUCACCGCCGCUCAGCAGCAGCAGUACGCUCUGGCUGCAGCUCAGCAGCAACAUCUCGGUCAGUCCUUCAGCUGAUCGUCAUCCUCUUCUCUGAUUGGUUUUCACUCUCAGUUUGAAAAUGACCAAAUAAGGAGAUACAUGACUUCCUGUCUCUUCUUCCCUUCAGCCGGCCUCGCUCCUGCGUUCGUGCCAAACCCUUACAUCAUCAACGCCGCCCCUCCUGGAGCGGACCCCUACACCGCCGCGGGCCUGGCAGCAGCAGCCACGCUUGCAGGUGAUCAUAGAGCGCUCUUUAAAACCCGAACAGUCACGGUGGUCUUCUGAGUUCAGGUGAAGACCAGAACCUGUCUUUAUAGGACCUCACCUUAGCGUCUCCUCCUCCUCCUCAGGCCCCACUGUGGUUCCUCCGCAGUACUACGGCGUUCCCUGGGGAGUCUAUCCGGCCAACCUUUUCCAGCAACAGGCGGCAUCAACUGCCAAUCACACAGCGAAUCAGCAAGCAUCCAAUCAGGGACCAGGACCGGGCCAACCACAGGUAGGGGGUUGGUUCUGGAAUGAGGUUUAACCUUUUAACGUGUCUGAUGACCUGAACCGUCUCAUCUUCUGAUAAAACACUGAAUAAAUCUGACCGCCCUCACGCCUCGGGCCCUCAGAUUUACUUCUAUCACCGCACUGAGAGAGACUUUGGGGCAAAGGUAAACGUCAGUCAGGGUCUAAAUAAUCGUUAGAAAACACGUUACCGUGGCAACCAGAUUUCCACCUUUUAAAUGAUGCUGAUCUGUUGUGAUGUUACCCGGUCUGAAUGUUCCCCGUCUGUAAAAAUCACAUUUCCAGAAGCUUCUCGAGCAGCUUUCCUGUCUGACAGAGUCUUCUUCUUCUUCUUCUUCUUCUUCUUCUUCUUCUUCUUCUUCUUCUUCUUCUUCUUCUUCUUCCUCUUCUUCUUCUUCUUCUUCUUCUUCUUCUUCUUCUUCUUCUUCUUCUUCCUCUUCUUCUUCCUCUUCUUCUUCUUCUUCUUCUUCUUCGUCGUCACCAGGUGAUGCGCACAGGAUCCAAUCAGAGACCCCUAACACCUGGCCAAGGCCAGCAGAGUCAGCAGGAGAGUCUGGCUGCAGCAGCUGCAGCUAAUCCUGCGCUGGCGUACGCAGGAAUGUCAGGUAGGAGGAUCAGUUCAGAUCAGGGUUAUACAGCCGUGUUAAACACAUGUAACACACCCUUUAUACACCUGUUGUACAGCGCCUGUCAAUCAGAUGAAGCUCCUCCCCUUUUCUGUUCCCUCUCCUGACUCAGAUCCUCUGUGUUGACCGUUAAACCUGAUCUGUUCUGUGUCUGAUUUCUGACUCUGGUCUUGGUUCCUGAAUCUCCAGGUUAUCAGGUCUUGGCCCCUGCAGCCUACUAUGACCAGACCGGGGCCUUGGUGAUGGGCCCCGGUGCCAGGACUGGUUUAGGAGGUCCGGUUCGUCUGGUCCAGACUCCUCUCCUCAUCAACCCAGCAGCAGCACAAGCCGGUAAAUACAGGAGCAGGAUACUCGAUAGUUAAAGUCACGAGUUUAGACGAGUUUAAACAAGUUUAAACUCUGCCAUAACAACUUGGAAUAGCCUUCCCCCUGCAGUUGUUGGAGAUAUUACAUCUUCUGGUGUUCACGCCUUCAAGAAGAGGCUGAACAAAUACCUCCUCAGUAUAUGACUGUUAUCCCUCACAAAGCUUCAUGGACUUUUAUCCAUAAACAUUCUGUUUUUAUUUACCCCAGUCUGAGUAGCUGCAGAUCAUUGAUAGGCUCUUUGAUUUUCUCUCAAAGCCUGUAUCUGCUCAAGCCAAAUUAAAAAAAAAAAACGAGUUAUCGUCUUGUAGUGAAAAAUGUGAAUUUAGUGCGCGUCCCUUUAAUUUAGUGAGCGUCCCUUAAAUCCAGGUAGUUUCUACUUGAACCCUUUAAUAGACGUCGGGGUGUGUUAGCCGUUCUUCUGCACAGUCAGAUCACGCAGAUGAAGCGGCGGCGGCGAGCUUCAACUGUCUUCAGAUUAACUGGUGACUUUUUCCGGGUCAUGCCGACUCAGCAGGUCUUACCUGAACCCCGGCUCCCCUCCUAACUCUCUGUCUCCUCCCCAGCAGCAGCAGUGUCAGCGUCUGGUUCUGGUAACAACAUGUCGGGCCCCCCAGCUAACGGGCUGUACCGCUCCAUGCCUCAGCCUCAGCCCCAGCAGCAGCAGCAGGCCCCCCCGCCCUCCAGCGGCCUGCCCUCCAGCUCCUUCUACGGUUCUGGUUCGGUCCCCAACACCUCUCAGAGCUCCUCCCUCUUCUCACACACCUCUGCUGCUCCUCCUCCACCCAGCUCCUCCCUGGGCUUCAGCAGCACCGGCGGCUCCCUGGGUGUGGGUCUGGGUUCUGCUCUGGGAGGUUUCGGCUCCUCGGGUCGGUUCCUGUGAUCAGAAUAAUAUUAUAAUGAAGGUUCAUGUAGAUGUGAAGGUUCUGACCCUGGUGUUGUUGCUCCUCCUAGUGUCCAGCUCCACCAGUAGCAGCGUCUCUCGCAGGGACUCCCUGUUGGCGAGUUCAGAUUUAUACAAACGUGGCGGCAGCAGCUUGACUCCCAUUGGUCAGCCUUUCUACAACAGCCUGGGUUACUCCUCCUCACCCAGCCCAAUCGGACUCACACCAGGCCACUCCCCGCUCACUCCUCCGCCCUCCCUGCCCUCGUCUCACGGCUCCUCUUCUAGCCUUCAUCUAGGUAAGCGUGGAGGUGAAGCGUGGAGAUAAAUGGGGGCGGGGUUUCAGGUGUGUUUGGUUUUUCUUACGGCGGUCCCUCUCUGUCUUAGGCGGCCUGACGAACGGCAGUGGGCGUUACAUUUCCGCCGCUCCCGGCGCCGAGGCGAAGUACCGGAGCACCGGCGGGACGUCCAGUCUCUUCAACUCCAGCAGUCAGCUGUUUCCUCCGUCUCGGCCCCGCUACAGUCGCUCUGAUGUCAUGCCCUCCGGACGCAGCCGCCUUCUGGAGGACUUCAGGAACAACCGCUUCCCAAACCUGCAGCUCCGCGACCUGCCGGGACACAUGGUGGAGUUCUCUCAGGACCAGCAUGGAUCCAGGUAAGGAGCUGGUUUCCCGGUUGACCUUCAGACGCCGUUUCAGACCUCACGCUGACGUCACCUCCACAAAGGUUCAGCAGAGGUUGUUCUUCUUGAGGAAGAUGAGAACCUGUCCUGUUUCCUCUGAGAUGAUGACUCUCCUUCAUAAAAGUUUAGAUGAAACUGUUUUAAGUCUCGGUUUGGGAACCUGAACUGGUCCAACCAGAUUCUCCCGGUGGGCCUCGUUAAAACGACAGACAGCGGUCUCGUUUAUCUCGAACAGACAGGUCAUGAAGAACGCUGAAGCUGUUCUGGAUUAUCUUAACCUCCCUCUGAACUACGACAUCGAGCUUUUACCAUCAGGGCGCCGUUAUCGAGGUCCUCCGAGGAGGACGAACAGAUCUCAGAUCUCAUUUAUUCAUUUACUGAAGGAGAAUCAGGCCUCAGGUCGUCCGUGUUUCUCUCUGCAGUGUUUUCAGUUUCCUGAGGGGGCGCUCCGGUCCAGUUCUGUCUCUGGACUGAUCGUGUUUUUAUCUUCAGUGUUUCUUUUAUUCUGUUUUUAUCGUGUUAAACUUUUAGACUAUUCUCACUGUUUGUCAUCGUGGACCCGGUCUUUGUGUGUCUAAUACUAACUUACCUUUUUGGACAGUAAAGAGAUUCUGAUCUGGUUCUGGUUCUGAACCCUGUUUGUAGAUUUAUUCAGCAGAAGUUGGAGAGGGCCACUCCAGCAGAGAGGCAGAUGGUCUUCGGGGAGAUCCUGCAGGCCGCCUACCAGCUGAUGACGGACGUGUUUGGGAACUACGUGAUCCAGAAGUUCUUUGAGGUCGGGUCCAUUUCAGGUUUCUGACUCUGAACCUCUCAGUGUCGGCUCCAGCAGAGAGUCUGAUGUUCAUGUCGUUUGUUCACAGUUUGGAAGUGCAGACCAGAAGUUGGCUUUAGCCACACGGAUCCGUGGACACGUCCUUCCCCUGGCCCUGCAGAUGUACGGCUGCAGGGUCAUCCAGAAGGCUCUGGAGUCCAUCUCCUCAGACCAGCAGGUAAUUGUAAGUGAGACUUGACUUCUUCAGAGCAAACAUGGAUCCAUGGAGGUCUUUGUCCUCAGACUGACCCUCUCUGUCCUUCAGAGUGACAUCGUCCGGGAGCUGGACGGACACGUGUUGAAGUGUGUCAAAGACCAGAACGGGAACCACGUGGUCCAGAAGUGUAUCGAGUGUGUCCAGCCCCAGGCCCUCCAGUUCAUCAUCGACGCCUUCCAGGGACAGGUAAGGUCAUGACCUCUGUGAGGGUCAUUUCAGACAGGAGACCAGCUGGGCUCAAACCGAGUCAUCCGACCCGGGAUGUCAGACUUAGCUUUACCAGCUGUGCUCAGUCUUAUCACGACCUUUGACCCUUUACUGCUGUGAAAAAAUGGACGACACAAAAAAAACAAAAUCAGAAACCUGUGAAGAUGUUUGAGAACUGUGAAGGUGUCCCUCUGAGGUCUGUGAUGAACCUGGUUCUGGACCUGACUCUAAAGUUCGACCACCUCGACCCUGACCACCUUCAUUCUGAGCGUCCUCCUCGUCCUUUUUUAUGAUGGAGGAUAAAAGUUUAAUUUUCAUGUUUCUGAAUCCAUUUUACUACGACAGAGAAUCAGAGUUACAUUCAGGAAAAUUUAAGACUUCAUAAUUACUGAUGGGAAUAAAGUCGUAAUAAAAUCAUUUCUUAUGUAAAUUAAGGCUGCAACAACGAAUCGAUUAAGUCGAUUCGUCGUGACGAAAAAAUUCGUUGCCAACUAAUUCUGUAAUCGAUUUGUCGGGUCUUAAUAUAUGUCCAUGGACACCGGCGUGUAAACAUCAGCAGGACGCACAGAAAAGAAACAGCCAUGGCCGAGGCAGCGGCUGAGAAAAACAUGGACACAACCCAACCCAAAUCCCGACCUAAAACAUCAGUGGUGUGGGAAAACUUCACCAAGACUGAAAAGGAAGGCGUUCAGUGCAACAUUUGCAAAGACCGUUUUGCAUGGCUCGGGAGUACAUCGAUGAUGCGUGAGCACAGGGCUCUCAAGUCUCACGCAUUCAGCGUAUGACACACGCAUUCCCACUCGUUCACACGCUGACACACCACACAUUGUAUUUCUCACGCAUUUAAAUGAACACGGUGAUGUCCACCAAGUUGCACUUCUUUGACUAUGGAACUGGGGGAAAUCAGCUGAGUUUCUCCGAGAGUUCAGAAGUUGCGUGCCACGCACAAGCCAAUCAAAUAAAGUAUAUCUACUGAACAGCCAAUCAAAAAGCAGCAUUGUUGUAUCUGGGUAGAUUUUGAUAUCUUGCGGUUUAACUACAGAAGAAGACAGACACUCGCCGAAAUAGAGCAGGUUUUUAUAAGGACGAGAAAGACCCGAUGAUUACAGUAAGUCAGUAACCUACACAUGCAGAGACCUCAACACCUCAUGGCAGAUAAACUCAUAUGAUAAACUAAAGCCCUAUGCUAUUGCUAUUUACAGCUGCAUUGAUGAAUUUAGCCUGUUUAUCCGAUUAAUCGAUUAGUUAUUAAAAUAGUCGGCAGAUUAAUCGAUUAUCAAAAUAAUCGUUAGUUGCAGCCCUAAUGUAAAUAAAGUCGUAGCUCAUAUUCUGACCUGUUGUUCGUUGUUUGAGUGAGCGCUGUGGAGCAUUUCCAUGAAUUAAACUUCAUUAGCUGGUUUUACAAACAAGGAGACACUAAAUCCUUCAGCGUUUCAUCAUCACAUCAUCGUCAGUAUCAGGACAUAUGAAGAAAUUCAUCUUUUCUGCAGAAAGAACCAGGAGGACCUGUAGAGAAUCUCUGUUUUUGAGGAGGAGGAAUGUCUGUAAAUGUCUGUAAAUGUCUGUGCAGAGACUCAAUCCCUCAGUGCAGACGUUCAUAACAAUAGUUUAUAUGUCUUUAGUUGAUCGUAUGAAUCUUUACGCUGUAAGACUUUGGUGCUCAUCAGAGCUCGACUCCCUCUGAAUCGUGAAUGUUGAUCAUCAGUUGGAUUAUUUCUGUAAAAACUCUCUGAAUGAUGAACCCACAGAGAACGUUUCCUCCUCCACUAAAGCAGAUUUAAGACCAAAGUUUCUUUACCACUUUACUCUCAUAAAUAAUGAUGUGAUUACGACUUUAUUCUCGUUAGUCAUGACUCUAAUCUCAGAGUCUUAACUUUUUUGUCUUAAUGUGGUCCUAACACUCCGUCGUAUUUCACCGACCUCGUUCUCUAAAAACUCCAGUCUUAUUUCAUUUGAUGGUCAGCGUUUUCACGUCACUGCUGGGAAAAGUAUUUUCUGACGUCCCAUCAUUGGACGCCGCUGCGAAGCGACACGGAAAUCUGGAUCUUUAGCUCCUCGAGGUGACCAGGAAUGUUCCUCUUAGUCCAGAUAAAGGUGAUGACAGCUGAGGGUCUUCAGGUAAAGAAGUUCCUGCAGUGGAAACAGAGAGGAAACGGAACAAGUCUGUAACCAUGACCCUGAACUCACGCCUCUCUCUGUUCUCGUCCUCUUCUCUCUCUCUCUCUCUCUCUCUCUCCCUCUCUCUCUCUCUCUCUCUCUCCCUCUCUCUCUCUCUCUCUCUCUCUCUCUCUGUUCUCGUCCUCUUCUCUCUCUCUCUGUUCUCUUCCUCUCCCUCUCUCUCUCUCUCUCUCUCUCUCUCUCUCUCUCUCUCUCUCUCUCUCCCCCCCCCCCCUCUCUCUCUCUCUCUCCUCUCCCUCCCCCCCCCCCCCUCUCUCUCUCUCUCUCUCUCAGGUCUUCGUUCUGUCCACUCAUCCGUACGGCUGCAGAGUCAUCCAGAGGAUCCUGGAGCACUGCACCCAGGAGCAGACUCUGCCCAUCCUGGAGGAGCUCCAUCAGCACUCUGAGCAGCUGGGCCAGGUCUGACCCCGCCCCCCUCUCUGUAUUGAUGAAGAGCGUGCUCGUCUGCUCUAUUUGCAUGUCUCCGCCAUGUUUGAACAUUUCAUAAUUCUCAGCAGCCUGUAAAGAAGAGAGUUUGUUUGUGUUCUGCUAAGUGUAAAGUGAUGUUGAACUGUUAGCUGUCAUGACAUAUUUAUUUAUUAUUUAUAUCUGUGAUUAUUUGAACAUCCACCCUACCCCCCCUCACUUAUUCCAUCUAGAAAUAUCAAGGCGUUUCAUUGGAGAUGACACCCAAAACAUGUUAUACAGUGUCCCGUGAUGCGCUGUUCAAGGUCAGAGCAAUUUGCCUCUCUCGCGGAUGUCCCCGUGCUCCUCCUCUUCCUCCUCCUCUUCCUCUUUCUUUGUAUUUCCUCCUUUUAAAGAAUCUUAUUUAACAUUUAGCUCCCGACUUUUACAAACCCCUCUCCUCUUCCUAACCCACUGAGCCGCCUCCUCCUCCUCCUCCUCCUCCUCUUCCUCCACAUGAAGCAUCUCCUGAUCAAUCUGUUUUUCUCUCCUGAUCAAACCUGGUCUCUAAAACCUCCUGGAGUGAGCAGCUCCUGGUCCAAACCCUUCAGUGAUUCUUGUUAAAACAGAUUGACAGGAAAUGGAUUCCUGAUUAAAGGUGGAGGUCUUCUCACCCACCGACCCCACGACACCAGUCCCAGUGGUGGUCUCUGUUGUCUCUAAAUUUACACCCAUAACUGUCCAUCACCCGUUUCUGAAGGGGCAAAGAUGCUGCUGGACCCGUUUCCAGCAGCAUCGCUCUUGUCUGACCUUCCGCAGUGAUGACUUAAAGGGUUAAUCCGUAGAUUUCAGAUGGGGGUGUCACUCAUUUGUCUGUCGUCGUAGAGAUGCAUGAUUCUUUCACUCCGAUUCAGACCAGUGCUGAAGACUAGUGCAUGAGUAUCAAUGAUUAUCAAUGAUUGAUCGAUGUGAUCGGCUCAGACCUCCUGACCCUGACCCCCCCCUCGUCUCCAUCAGGACCAGUACGGGAACUACGUCAUCCAGCACGUGCUGGAGCACGGCAGACCGGAGGACAAGAGCAAAAUCGUGGCAGAGGUCCGUGGGAAAGUCCUGGUCCUCAGCCAACACAAGUUUGCCAGGUAAGGUCGGUGUGAAGGUGCGAGGGGCGGAGAGUGGGCGGAGAGUGGGUGGAGUCCAAAACUGUCCUCUUGGUGUCUUAAUGAUCUGCUAAAGACGGCAGGAUGUCCCCGUACAAAGGAACAAACACGCUCUCUGUUGAACCUCUGGGGCUGCCGGUCCACCUGUGACCCACCUGUGACCCACCUGAGCUGACGGAGUUCCUGCACCGACGUAAACACACUCUUCUCAGGGUGGUGUCAGUGUUUUUGAUUCAUAAAGUUGUUUUUAAUUCUCUGACGCCGAGCCGCUGAAGGACGUUUGUCAUGAUUCAGUUUGAGGAUCAUAACGAGACUCUGACACCGCCGGUCUCUCCGGUUCUGGACCUGUUUCUCUCUCUGCUGAGUUCUUCACCCCUCUGUCUUUCUUUCUGUCUCUCCCUCUCCAGUAACGUCGUGGAGAAGUGUGUGAUCCACUCCUCGCGCGCGGAGAGAGCCCUGCUGAUCGAUGAGGUGUGUUGUCAGAAAGACGGGCCCCACAGCGCCCUCUACACCAUGAUGAAGGACCAGUACGCCAACUACGUCGUCCAAAGAAUGAUUGACAUGGCAGAACCCGCUCAGCGCAAAAUCAUCAUGCACAAGGUGAGACGACGAGACGCUGCUGCUGAGAGGAGGACGGACUUCAGACCGCUCCUCUGUGGACUGAAGUCUGUCCUCACCUCAAACAGGUCUUCAUUUAGUGUCCGUCCUCUUAGUUCCUGACAGGGUUCCAGUUUUAAAAUUAGUGCAAAUAUGAGGUCACCCUAAAAAUGUCUAACAAAGGUGUCUCCUCUGUUUCUAUCAGCUGAUUAGACCAGGUGACUUUGACCUCUGUGAACACUUGACCUGCUGACAUGAACGCGUGUCCUCUCCUCUCUCCUCUGUCCUCUCCUCUCUCCUCCCUCCCCCCUCUGUCCUCUCCUCCCUCCCCCCUCUGUCCUCUCCUCUCUCCUCUGUCCUCUCCUCUCUCCUGUCCUCUCCUCUCCUCUGUCCUCUCCUCUCUCCUCUGUCCUCUCCUCUCCUCUGUCCUAUCCUCUCUCCUCCCUCUCUCCUCUGUCCUCUCCUCUCUCCUCUGUCCUCUCCUCCCUCCCCCCUCUGUCCUCUCCUCUCUCCUCUGUCCUCUCCUCUCUCCUCUGUCCUCUCCUCUCUCCUCUGUCCUCUCCUCUCUCCUCCCUCCCCCCUCUGUCCUCUCUCUCUCCCCCUCUCUCCUCUCCUCUGCCCUCUCCUAUCUCCUCUCUCCUCUCCUCUGUCCUCUCUCCUCUUCUCUGUCCUCUCCUCUCUCCUCUGUCCUCUCCUCUCUUCUCUGUCCUCUCCUCUCUCCUCUCUCCUCUCCUCUCCUCUCUCUCCUCUCCUCUCCUCUCCUCUCCUCUCUCUCCCCCGUCUCCUCCUCUGUCCUCUGUCCUCUCUCCUCUCCCCUCUCCCUCCUCUGUCCCUCUCCUCUCUCCUCUGUCCUCUCCCCUCUCCUCUCCUCUCUCCUCCCUCCCCCUCUCUCCUCUCUCCUCUCCUCUCCUCUGUCCUCUCCUCUCUCCUCUGUCCUCUCCUCUCCUCUCCUCUGUCCUCUCCCCUCAUCUCCCCCCUCUCCCCUCUCUCUCCCCCUCCCCCCCGUGUCUCAGAUCCGGCCCCACAUCGCCACCCUCCGUAAGUACACGUACGGGAAGCACAUCCUGGCCAAGCUGGAGAAGUAUUACAUGAAGAGCGGCUCUGAGCUGGGUCCUAUCGGGGGUCCCACCAACGGCCUCAUGUAGGCCCCCGGACUCUCUUGGUCCCCUAAAGAUGAGGAAGAGAAGGAGCCCCCUCCUCCUGGGGUCAGCCUGCGACGCCCCCCGUCUGUCUGUCUGUCCGUCUGUCUGUCUGUCUGUCGCCCUUUUUUCGGGGGUCGUUACCAAAAAGAAGAAAAUCACGAAACAGAAACUCCACCUAAGAACGCCGUGACCCCCACCGCCGCUCUGCGGGUCCCCCAGCUCCGCCCUGAGGGUGGGGGGGCGGGGCACAGCGGGAGGAUCUGCUCUCUUGUUUUCCUGGUGUCCUGGGUAAAGCACACGCCCACUGUUGAUGAUGUAAUAGAUGAUGUAAUGACCUGUUUUCAUAUGAUCUUGUACAUGAAGUUUUUUUACCUGUAAAUUCUCUGUAGAAAAAAAAAAACAAACAAACUAAAAUUAUUUCACAUUUGCUGAAAUUUACGAUUCCUACUAUUAACACCAGCAAGUGAUUUUCUACGAGGGGGGCGGGGCUACGGCGAGCGAUCCUUUUCAGAGAAACGAGUCCGUUUGUUUUUGUACCCAGAAUCCUUCAGCCAAUCAAUCUUCUUCUUCUUCUGGUUUAUUAUCGGCGCUCCGUACUCGAGGGUCCUCACGCCAAAGCAGCUGCAGGAUCAGGACUCUCUAAGACCGCUCUGAGGGGGGGGGGGGGUUAGGUGGUUUCUUUGAGGGCGGGGUCUCGGACGGCCGUGUUUACUCAGCAGCUCCACGUUUCGGUACGAAAAAUCUCAGACUGACCAACCGGAGCUGCUGCUUCGACGAGCCCCCGUCUGGAUCUGGAGUCCUCUUUGGGGGGGCGGGGUUUAUGCAAGACAAGGAGACCCUCGUUAACGGGGGGGUGUGUCUGUACAGCGGGCGUUCAACCUUAACAUAGUCGGGGGGCUUUUUGUGGGGAUAUGUGGGUGGGAGUGGGCUCUGUGUUGGCAUGCUGUGAUGAUGAUGAUGAUGAUGAUGAUGAUGAUGAUGAGAGGUUUUAAUCCUUGGAAUGAUUUUUUUCUUUCUCAUGUUUUUGUGUAACAUCUCCUUCUUCUUCUUCUCCUUCUUCUUCUCCUUCUUCUGUCUCGUGGUUUGAGACGAACACUGCCCUAGAAGACGGUAUCUCUUUAUGUACUGAAUAAUCAUCAUCUCUUGCGUAGUCGUAGUUUAGAAACGUAUAGCAUCUUUAUGUACGAGUAUCUUGUUGCUUUUUGGGUUCGGGGGCUUGCAGCAGUGAUGGGACCCCCACCGCCUGAAGGUCUGAGGGAGAGUAGAUGUUGUCUGAGGAGACGCGGUCUGGUGGAUGAAUUUAAGACUAACUUUUUUUUUUUUUUUUUUAAAUCGUUUUUUUUUUUUUUUUUUUUUUUUUUUUUUUUUUUUUUUUUUUUUUUUUUUUUUUUUUUUUUUGGGGGGGGGGUGAAAGUGCGGAGGUGGAGGUGGAGGUGGAGGUGGAGGCCGGUGGGUCCAUCAAAAGCUAUUCAACUCACCUGUACUGCUCGUAGUGAUGGCUUCUUUGCUUCAUAUGAAUAAUUGUAGAUUACAUGUAGUAUAUGUGCAGUUAAUAAGUGUAAGAUUAUUAGUUAAACUGAAGAAGAGACAAAAAGAAAAAAACAUGUCUAGUCGUGGUGUUUGACAGGCCUUGCUCUAAAUUUGUAGUGAUGCUUUUAUUUCGUCUGUACAGUUGUACAUUUGUAAACGUUGAUGCUGUAAAUGGGAUGUCUUUUACACUUUUUUGGGGAGAAAAAGGCAAAAAUGUGCAUUUUGAUGUGUGUAUAUUCAUCACUCCUUUCCCCCUUGAAUAUAAUGUAUACAGUUUUAUUUGAUCAAGUGUUAUUUUAAAGGAAGAAAAAAAAGACUAUGGCUUCACAAUCUGGCAUGGAUUUCUUUUGUUUUUAAUCUUUUUUCGCUUCGGGAAAGGCCAGCCUCUAUUUGUACUGGAGCUGUUUCAUCCACUGUUGAUAGUCUUUCUGAUGUGUGACAGUUUAAAAAAGAAGAAAACACAAAAACACUCUCCACUCUAAACCGAGGCUGCAUUUAAAGUCCUCUCUGCUACCAUGGAAACUUCACAGGAUUAUGACCAGAAUUAUUUUUGUACAGAAGAGUGCUGUAUUUUGGAACAGCUACCACCUUGUAAGCAAAAGCAAUGUAAAAUAUUGUCAAUUAUAUAAAUAUGAACAUAUGAGUUUUGUCACACUGUCAAAGUCAUGUACAUUUUCAGGUGGCCUUAUGUACAUUUCCAGAUGUUAGAUGAAGAAAUCAAACUCAUUUUUGGAAGCAGAAUUGUGACGAUGUAUGAUUAAACUGUUCUUCUAACAUUUGA